AUCCCGGAUUGAUAAGAGUAUGAAAGCAGUGGUGUGUGUUAACGGGAAAUCCUAUGACCUAACAUCAACAAAUGGAAAGGUCCAGACUUCUGAGAUCUUUGCACUGCGGUCCAACCAGGAGGAGACAGACAGCCGCAUUGUCCUGUACCUCCAUCAGGCUGUCAAAUGGGGGUACAAGUCCUGUGUGGUGAGGACACCUGACACAGACAUUCUGAUGAUCCUCCUCUACCAUGCCAGCAACAUCAACCUCUCCAUCUACCUUGACCACGGCUCUGGAAAACAUCGCACACUCAUAAAUGUGACGGAACUCUCUGAAUCACUGGGCCCUGACUACUGUAGCACCCUGCUGGGAUUCUAUGUCUUUACUGGGGAGGACUGUACUAGUGCUUUUAAAGGCAAAGGAAAGGUGAAUCCCCUGAAGAAGCUCCAGCAGAAUCCUAAACACCACAGUGCUUUCAGGCAGCUUGGUGCAGACUGGCUGGUCACAGAUGAGCUUCAACGGGAGAUGGAGAACUUCACAUGCAUCAUGUAUGGCCAAGCACGGAUGACAUCAGUUGACGCAGUACGAGCCAAGAUGCUGAGAAAAAUGGUCGGUGCUGACAAAGUCCUGGACUUGAAGUCAAAAGUAGACCUGGAACGCCUGCCACCCCCCAAAGUGAGUCUCAUCCCACAUGUACAGAGAGCCAACUACAGAGUUGCCUGCUAUAAGAAAGCAGAUGAGGCAAUAAUCGAAAGCCCCAAACCAUAUGAUCCAGGCAUGGGCUGGGAGAAGACGGGAGAGGAGGAGGUGUUGGAACCUGUUUGGACAAUUGGACCCAUCCUCCCUCCUUCUCUUGUUGAAGUACUGGCUCAGAGAGCAGAGUCAGAAGAGCAGGCAGCUCUUGACAAGGUAGCUGAUUCCAACAACAUCUACUUGUCUGUGGGUGAAGAGGAUGGAGAGUAUGAACAUAAUGAUGAGGGUGAAGUGCUGGAAGAAAUAGACUUAGAAGAUCUCUUCAGUGAUGAUGAGGAAGAUGAGUAGUUUAGGUAAACUUUUAUUAUUUAUUAUUUUUUGGCCAUAAAUUAAAGAAAACAGAGUCGAUAUGUUGUCAAAUGUCAAAAAUAACAUUAAUAUUGAAUAAUAUUGAAUUCCAUUCAAUUUCCCUGAGUCAGAAUUGUAUAGAAAAAUGUGUCCAUUUGUCUCUGUAAGUUGUUUGCAUCAAAAGGUAUGCCACUUUGUAUCAUAUUUAGAUUUUUCAGGUUUGGUGCAAAGGGUUAAAAAUAAAGCAUUUUGGACAUUAUUUCAGCUUGAUACCCAAUUUAAUCUUAAAAUAGACACUUGAAUGAUAAAGAAAUAACAGGUUGUGAAAACAAAAUCACCCUAUGCGCUUGAGAAAACGAAAACAUAGUUGAUCUUUUACACAUCUUUGGCCAUUUUUUGCUAUUUUUGUCCGGAAAUAGGGUCAAUAUGUUGUCAAAUGUCAAAAAUAACCAUUCCAUUAAAUUCCUGGGGUCAGAAUUGUAUGGGAAAAUGUGUUCAUUUGUCUCUAUAUGUUAUUUACUUCAA